AACCCCAGUGUGGCGGGAUAUGGCAGUCCCUCCGAGGGUAUAAAAGUCCGAGUCUGCUGGCUUCUUUCCUUAGUUGAUCCAGCGGCGAAUCGUUAAGAGUAUCAUCGUUGUUCAACAGCACUGCCAGCACCACCACACUACUACCACCAUGAGCACUGAAACUGCUGAUGUGAAGAAAGUCCCAGAGACUAAGGAAGAGGAGGAGAAGGAGAAGAAGGAGAAGAAGGAAGAGAAGGAGGAAGUGACAGAGGAAAAGAAGGAAGAUAAGAAGGAAGAAAAGGAGGAGGAAAAAGAGAAGGAGGAUGUGACAAAGGAGGCCAAAGAGGUGGCCAAUGAGGAGACUAAAGAGGAGACCAAGGAUGCAAAGGAAGCCAAAACAGAUGAAGCAGAAGACAAAGAUAAGAAAGCAGAACCUGUUGAAGAAGUGAAGGAGGAUGCAGCUUCAGCAGAAGAGGCAAAAGAAGAAGACCCUGCAAAAGCAGAAUCUUAACCAUAUCUUGUAAAUGUACACUAACACCUCUAGUAAACAUGAAUUAUAUUUUGUAAACAAACACACAUACACAAAUGUCAUGCAAACAAGAUUACAAAACAAAAUGUUAAUAUACACUUUAAUAUUUAACCACUUUAAAAGGGAAUUAUGGUAAGUUUCAAGUGCAUUUGUGUUAUCUCGAUGAUGUUAUCACUCCUCAUUGAGGAUGAAUGUGAGAGAUCAUGAAAAGCACCUACAAUUUAACUUGCUUUAAAGGUGGUUAAAUUGCACAAAUACACAGUCACCUUUUAAAAACACAUUAUCCUCUUUGCAACACAAUAUUGUCUCCUGUGGGUGCUGUCAGUACACUUUAAAUGUUUCCUGUAAACACUUAAAUUUAAAUGUUAGGGGUCUUCAGUACAUGAGAUAUUUUGUCAUAAAUUAUUGUUUCAACAUUAAUGAUAUGCCUCCUAUGGCUCCUCAAAAGUGCUCAUUAGAUAUAGUCUUUUGUAGUGAUAAUAUGUACAGUAAUGAUUGAAUGUGAUGUUUGCUUAGUUAAGUUGUACAUAACAAAAAUACCUGCAAUGAUUUUUAACUAUUUUACCAUUUUUGUAAUCUAGUCACUUAAUACUGUAUUUUCAAAUUUCAUAGUUUAUAAACGUGGUUUAAAAAUUUUCAGUUACGUACAUUAUGCUAUAAUAAUGCAUUCUAUUAUUAUAAUUUGGUAAACAUUUUGUUUGGAAGUUACUAUAUUACCAAAAAUUCUUGUAUUUUCUGUUACCCAAAAAAAAUGUUAGUAAGUGUAGAAGCAAAGUGACUUGGAUGAUAAAAUGGUAGAUAAUGUAUGUUUAAACAAUGGCUUGACUGUCUUUCAUAUGAUAAUGGCAAGGAGUUGAGCAUUACCCUCCGAUUGUUAGAUUUAGCAUAUCUUGAGCUGUUUUUUAUCUCUGCCUAUCAGAGGUGAACUAGCGUGUGACAUGUCUCUCCCUUUGAAGGAGAUGAAAAGCUUACAGCCUGUUUCUCAAAUUCAUUGUUAGACAACUGGAAAGAGUAAAACUACAGUACAGUUUAUAUAUUCUUGCAUUAAUAAUGCUUUUGCAUAAUAAAACACUUGUAUGCUUGCCAAGUUCAAUUUAAGGUACAUGUAUAUCCUUGGUGACUGUUCUAGCUUGCAGUCUUCACUAGGUAUUGGGGAUUAAAUUUUUUUUAUCCCCUUUGCUGCUUGGAAACACUUGCACCGAGUCAUCUGAUAGUGAAACAUGGCUGAUGGCUUGUCUUACCUUCGUUAUUGGAGGUGGCCUAGUAAUUAAUACUAGCCUCAACAGACAACCCUCAACUAAGGGACCCUAUUAAUUUUUAAUAAGUAUGCCAUAUAGACAUGUAAUUUUGUGUUCCUAUUAGCAAAUGGUAGUUUUCAUACAUUGCUGUCAGAGAUUAGUUUUAAUUUUUGGUUAUGCGAACCAAAAAUUUGUUUCAUUAAUUUCAUUUUUAGUCAUACAAAAUAAUAAUGGUUUAGCAUUUCAUGCCACUCAUUUACACAGUAUUAUACAGUAUUAAUUCUGCUUUGCUCGAAUUUGGAUUAUGACAUUGUCAGUUCCACACUAUAAAAAUACCAGAUUAUUUUUAUUUUUAAAUAGUGGGAUUUUUACAUGCAUUGAAAAUUUACUUAAAAUUGUCAGCUACUUUCACAUUUUAAGGAUUGGUUUAAAUAAACUUAACAAAUU